AUGUCACUUUUUAUUAUUUUUAAAUUGUCGAUUUUUACCAAAUUUUAUACUUUUUUAACUUCUAUUGUUAACCCAGAAUAUUCAUAUUGGCCCUUUGGGAAUAAUACUGUUACAUUGAUUAACAGAUACAAUGCUCCUCCAAUACAAAAUACUUUUGUAUCCGAAAUUUAUCUUCAUUCAUGCUCAUUUUUAGAAAAUAGAAACUUUAGACAUACAAGUGCAUGCAUAUUUACAUUUAACUGCUCCGUAUAUAUUGAAAACUGCCAAUUUUAUCGAAAUAGCGCUUAUUAUUCUGGUGUUGCCAAUUUCGCUAUUUCAACUAAAGUCGACAUCAAAAAUUCACUGUUUGCAUCAAAUACUGCUGAUAAUGUGGGUGCAUUUUCUGCAGGUUGUUUAGAAGCCGGACAAAUUGUAAAUAUUACAGGAACAAAUUUUACUAAGAAUCGAGCAAAAACAUGGGGAGCAUGUUUGCACUUGGAUCAAUCAAGCGGUUAUAUCAAAGACUUGAUAUUCUUUCAAAAUUCAGCUCCAGAUACUGGAUCCAUUGCAGAUUACGCUUUAGCACCAGCCAAAAGGAACUACAAUCAAAUAACAUUCAUAAAUAAUACAGUUGGGAAUAAUUCAGCCGCUUUUAACUCAAUUGUUCAUAAUUUUAUCGGAGAAAUCUCAAAUUCCAUUUUCGUCAACAAUGUGAACAAGAAUAUGAAAGGUGCUUCAGUUGCCAUACUUGGAGAUGAUUCUUCUUUCAAAAUUAUUGAUUGUCAAUUUGAUCAGAAACAAGAAGACUUAUUAUACAUACAAUGGACAGAAUACACACAAGUCGAAUUCUCUAAUACGACAACUUACAAUUGUACUUUUGAUUAUACGGAUAUAUCAAAAGAAAUUAAAAUUGCAGUUGAUUCUAUAUUCCCUUAG